UCAGUGCUGACCUGGCGGCCGUCCCGACCGUACCGGCCUGCCGACCAUGCGGCAGACAUCGUGACUCCAGUGAAGUGACUUGUGUUACAGCGCAGUGCCCGUGCGUUAACCCCAACCCCUGAUAGUGUAACCGGAUUUUAAAUUUUGGAACGCCCCGCGGCGUGAAAAAGAUUUACGAUGUUGAUAAGGUGUCGGACGGCACUGUGUGUCGUCGCGCUCCUGACACUCUACGCGACACAAGCAAACUCAGAGGGAAACCUCUUCACGUGUCCAAAUGGCUGGGACUUAAAAGGUCUACACUGUUACAAAUUCUUCAACAUAAGGCAUUCCUGGGAAAAAGCAGCUGAAUUAUGUCGAAGAUAUGGCAGUGAACUAAUGGUCAUUGACACUUACAACGAAAAUAACAUGACCGCCAGUUUGGUCCCAUCUAGUCCAAGUAAUAACCAUUACUGGCUCGGUCUAGCUACCGUCGAUGACCUAAGGACAAACACGCUCGAAUCGGCAGCUGGUGGUUUAGUGUCACAGUACGCUGGGUUCUGGGAUUUGAGGCAACCUAAUCCUAAAGACGGAGAAUGCGUGGACGUUCAUGUUACUUCCGAAAGACAAUCAUGGGAGCUGACAACUUGCGAAACACUUCUGCCUUUUAUGUGUAGGGCAAACGCUUGUCCUGAAGGAACGUUCCACUGUUCGAAUGGGAAGUGCAUUAACGCUGCCUUCAAAUGUGAUAAGCAAGAUGAUUGUGGAGAUGCUUCUGAUGAAAUGGAUUGUGCCUCAGAAUGUCACUUCUAUAUGGCAAGCAGUGGAGACGUUGUUGAAAGUCCUAACUACCCUCACAAAUAUCCGCCUUUUAGUGAAUGCAAAUGGACACUCGAGGGACCUCAAGGACAAAAUAUCGUUUUACAGUUCCAAGAUUUUGAAACUGAAAAGUCUUUCGAUACUGUUCAAAUCUUAGUAGGUGGCCGCACCGAAGACAAAUCUGUUAACCUAGCGACUCUUUCAGGAAAACAAGAUUUAUCGACUAAAAUUUACGUGUCAGCUUCGAACUUCAUGGUAAUUAAAUUUAGUUCUGAUGGUUCAGUGGAAAGAAAAGGUUUUAGAGCUUCAUGGAAAACUGAAUCAUCAAAUUGCGGUGGAAUUUUGAGAGCGACACCUCAAGGUCAAGUUUUAACUUCACCUGGAUAUCCAAAUAAUUACCCCGGGGGAUUAGAGUGCAUGUACAUAAUUGAAGCCCAACCCGGACGGAUUGUUUCUUUAGAAAUUGAAGAUUUAGACUUAGAAAUGAAUAGAGACUACAUCGUAAUUAAAGACGGCAAUUUACCGUCCAGCCCUGUACUUGCACGGUUAACUGGUCCGGGUGAAGAUAACCAAAAGGUUGUCAUAUCAACAACAAACCAUCUAUACAUGUAUUUCCGCACAAGCCUUGGAGACUCCAAGAAAGGAUUUAAUAUGAGAUAUUCACAAGGUUGUAGGGCUACCAUAAUUGCCGCAAAUGGUACAUUUACUUCGCCCGCCUUUGGUCUUAGCAAUUACCCCAAUAAUCAAGAAUGUUUAUACAGGGUCAAAAAUCCGAAUGGCGGCCCUCUUUCAUUAAAGUUUAAUGAUUUUAACAUCCAUCCAUCUGAUGUUGUUCAAGUAUUUGACGGUUCAAGUACAAACGGCCUUAGGUUGCAUUCUGACAACGGAUUUACGGUCAAACCACGGAUAACUUUAACUGCCUCAAGUGGAGAAAUGUUAAUACGUUUUAUGUCUGACGCCUUACACAAUAGCAUUGGAUGGAAAGCAACAUUUUCAGCAGAUUGUCCACCACUUAAAUCUGGUAUCGGAGCUCUUGCAUCCAACAGAGACACAGCUUUUGGAACUACAAUAACCUUCUCGUGCCCAAUUGGACAGGAAUUCGCUACAGGAAAAUCACGAAUUACCACUAAAUGUUUAGAUGGAGGAAAUUGGUCUGUCACAUACAUACCUAGCUGUCAAGAGGUGUACUGCGGUCCUGUACCUCAGAUAGACAAUGGCUUUUCAAUUGGUUCAACAAACGUUACAUACAAAGGAGUUGCAACAUAUCAGUGUUAUGCAGGAUUUGCAUUCCCUACUGGACAACCCAUUGAACGAAUUUCUUGCUUAUCGGAUGGUCGAUGGGAAAGGACCCCAACUUGUUUAGCAUCUCAAUGCUCCGCUCUCCCAGAUGUACCUCAUGCAAAUGUAACCAUUUUGAAUGGCGGAGGUCGAAGCUAUGGUACCAUUGUUCGUUAUGAAUGUGAACCUGGCUAUGUUCGUUCUGGACAACCAGUACUCCUUUGUAUGAGUAACGGAACGUGGUCUGGGGACGUACCUACCUGUUCAAAAGCUUUAUGCCCCAAAUUUCCCGAAAUUCCAAACGGUUUCUUUGUAGAUCAAAGUAGAGUUUAUAUGUUUGGUGAUGAAGCUCGUGUACAAUGUUAUAAAGGAUAUAAACUCAACGGACCGAGCAUUUUGCGAUGUGGAGCUAAUCAACAAUUCGAUGCAGUACCAACUUGUGAGGACAUUAAUGAAUGUCUCAGCAGCCAGUGUGAUUCCGUUUCAACUGAAUGUAAAAAUACCCUUGGUGGUUUCUACUGUCCAUGCAAAGCAGGAUUCACUCCGAGCUUAGAUUGUAGACCAGUUGGUGAUCUAGGUCUCAUUAAUGGCGCAAUACCCGACGAGUCCAUUACCACUUCUACUCCGGAACCAGGAUAUUAUAAAGGAAUGAUUCGACUUAACAAUGGAGGUGGAUGGUGUGGUAACAAUCUCGAAGCUGGUGCAAAUUGGGUUCUUAUUGAUUUACGUGCACCUACUAUUGUCAGAGGAUUCCGUACAAUGAGCGUUAUGAGAGCUGAUGCUAACAUUGCAUUUACAUCUGCCAUAAGAAUUCAGUAUAGUAAUAGUUUAACUGACGUCUUCAAAGAUUAUACAAAUCCCGAUGGUACAGCAGUUGAAUUCAGAAUCUUAGAACCGACCUUAUCAGUAUUAAAUUUACCAGUCCCGAUUGAAGCACAGUACGUCAAAUUCAAAAUUCAGGAUUAUGUUGGUGCUCCUUGUCUCAAACUAGAAGUUAUGGGUUGUGCCAGACUUGACUGCUUAGAUAUUAACGAAUGUAAUGAAAAUAAUGGUGGAUGUGACCAAAAAUGUUUGAAUACUCCCGGAAAUUAUUCAUGCGCUUGCAACAUUGGUUAUGAACUUUAUUCUUCGAACGGAACGGCCGGAUUUGCGAUCGAAAAAUCAGAAACCGGCGAAAGAGAUGGUGACACUUACCAAAGAAACAAAACAUGUGUGCCCGUCAUGUGUCCACCGCUAGCGCCACCUGAAAAUGGUUUAUUAUUGGCAACAAAAAGCUCAUAUCAUUUCGGUGAUAUAGUUGAAUUCCAAUGCGACUUUGGAUACGUUAUGUCUGGAUUUUCUUCACUUCUUUGUACCUCUAGCGGUACAUGGAAUGGAACAGCACCAGAGUGUCAAUAUGCUCGUUGCGUUACAUUGUCAGAUGAUAAGAACGAUGGUCUAAAAAUUAUCAGAAACGAUCCAGAAAGUGUAUUGGUCCCAUACAGGGAUAAUGUCACCAUAACAUGCGCAUCUCCUGGCCGUCAAUUAAGAAAUACAGUGUCAUCUUCAUUUAGGCAAUGUGUAUAUGAUCCCAAACCGGGAUUACCCGAUUAUUGGCUAUCAGGAGCGCAACCUCAAUGUCCACGUAAAGACUGCGGUGUCCCGAUGCCUACACCAGGUGCUGAAUAUGGUCAAUACUUAGACACAAGAUACCAAAGUUCAUUUUUCUUUGGUUGUCAAAAUACCUUCAAGCUCGCUGGUCAAACCAGUAAACAUGAUAACGUGGUAAGAUGUCAAGCCAAUGGAGUCUGGGACUUUGGAGACUUGAGAUGCGAAGGACCUGUUUGCGAAGAUCCGGGUAGGCCUGCGGAUGGAUACCAAAUCGCAAAAAGCUAUGAACAAAGCUCAGAAGUCCUCUUUGGUUGUUCAAGACCUGGCUACAUUUUAAUUAAUCCAAGACCUAUAACUUGUAUACGAGAACCGGAAUGUAAAGUGAUUAAACCCCUUGGCUUGGCAUCCGGUAGAAUUCCUGAUUCUGCAAUUAAUGCCACUUCCGAGAGACCUAACUAUGAAGCUAAAAAUAUACGACUAAAUUCAGUCACCGGUUGGUGUGGCAAACAGGAAGCAUUCACUUAUGUGAGUGUUGAUCUCGGAAAAGUAUAUAGAGUAAAGGCGAUAUUAGUAAAAGGUGUUGUCACUUCGGACAUUGUCGGUCGACCAACUGAAAUAAGAUUCUUUUACAAACAAGCUGAAAACGAAAAUUAUGUUGUAUACUUCCCUAACUUUAACUUAACAAUGAGGGAUCCAGGCAACUACGGUGAACUAGCCAUGAUAACUUUACCGAAAUACGUACAAGCUCGUUUUGUUAUAUUAGGUAUAGUUAGUUUUAUGGACAACGCUUGCUUGAAAUUUGAGUUAAUGGGAUGCGAAGAACCCUCGGUAGAUCCUUUAUUAGGAUACGACUAUGGAUAUUCUCCCUGCGUUGACAAUGAACCACCUGUUUUCCAAAAUUGCCCUCAACAUCCUAUCGUUGUUCAGACAGACGUAAAUGGAGGAUUGCUUCCUGUUAACUUUACUGAACCCACUGCAACUGAUAAUUCGGGUGCUAUUGCUAGAUUGGAAGUAACUCCACAACAUUUCAAAACGCCUAUUCAAGUUUUCCACAAUAUGGUUGUGAGAUACGUAGCUUUUGAUUUCGAUGGCAAUGUUGCUAUCUGUGAAGUUAAUAUAACUGUUCCUGAUUAUACACCACCUAAACUAAGUUGUCCACAAAGUUAUGUAAUAGAAUUAGUCGACAAACAAGACAGCUAUGCCGUAAAUUUCAAUGAAACCAGGCGAAGAAUAAAUGCAACUGACGCAUCAGGAGAAGUUUUCCUAAAAUUCAUACCGGAACGAGCUGUGAUACCUAUUCGUGGUUAUGAAAAUGUUACUGUAAUUGCUACAGAUAAAUAUGGAAACAAAGCUCAAUGUUACUUCCAAGUUUCCGUACAAGCUACUCCUUGCGUUGAUUGGGAGUUAAUGCCACCCGCAAAUGGUGCUUUGAACUGUCUUCCUGGAGAUAGAGGAAUACAAUGUAUUGCCACAUGUAGCCCCGGCUUCAGAUUUACUGAUGGUGAACCAGUGAAAACUUUCGUUUGUGAAACUAAACGGCAAUGGACUCCUACAGCUGUUGUUCCGGAUUGUGUAUCUGAAAACACUCAACAAGCUGCCUAUCACGUUGUAGCUAGUGUUCAAUAUCGUGCACUUGGUGCAGUAUCAAAUGCUUGCUUACCCCAAUACAAAGACCUACUAGCUCAGUACGACAACGUUCUUAAUGAAAGGUUAUCCCAACGAUGCUCUGCAGUGAACGUUAACAUCAAUGUCACUUUCGUCAAAGCAAUGCCAGCGCUUUUAGAUGAAAAUGUUGUGAAAAUGGACUUUGUUUUGGCUAUUAUUCCUGCUAUAAGGCAAACACAGUUAUACGACCUUUGUGGAUCAACCUUAAACCUUAUAUUUGACCUUUCUGUGCCAUAUGCAAGCGCUCUUAUUGAACCCGUAUUGAAUGUAUCUUCCAUCGGCAAUCAGUGUCCACCGCUACGAGCUAUAAGAAGUUCUAUUUCACGAGGUUUUACUUGUAGUGUUGGAGAAGUUCUUAAUAUGGACACAACGGAUGUUCCGCGUUGCUUGCACUGUCCUGCUGGUACAUUCGCUGGUGAAAAACAAAAAAGCUGUACCAUGUGCCCAAGAGGUUAUUUCCAAAAUCAAGCACGACAAGGCUCAUGUCUUAAAUGUCCACAAGGCACAUUUACACGAGAAGAGGGCUCCAAAGAUUUAUCGGACUGUGUACCCGUAUGUGGUUAUGGUACAUAUUCUCCCACGGGCUUAGUUCCUUGUUUGGAAUGUCCUAGAAACAGCUAUACGAGCGAGCCACCUUUGGGAGGUUUUAAGGAUUGCCAAGCGUGUCCAGUUAAUACUUACACAUACCAACCAGCUGCAUCUGGUAGAGACAAGUGUAGAGCUAAAUGUGCCCCGGGAACUUAUUCACCAACUGGAUUGGCGCCAUGCUCUCAAUGUCCAAGGAAUUUCUAUCAAAAUUUAAUUGGCCAAACGCUGUGUAUGGAAUGUCCGACAAAUAUGAAAACUGUGGGAACCGGUGCCUCUGGAUUAGAAGAAUGUAUUCCAGUAGAGUGUUCGAAUAGUGCCUGUCAACACGGUGGUUUGUGUGUUCCUAAAGGACACGGUGUGCAAUGCUAUUGUCCAGCUGGUUUCUCCGGACGUCGAUGUGAAAUCGAUAUUGAUGAAUGUGAAAGUCAACCUUGUUAUAACGGCGGAACAUGCAUUGAUCUACCACAAGGAUAUAGAUGCUCCUGCCCUACUGGGUAUGGAGGAAUAAAUUGUCAAGAAGAAAGAUCUGACUGCAGAAAUGACACUUGCCCCGAACGUGCAAUGUGUAAAGACGAACCAGGCUACAAUAACUAUACAUGUUUGUGUCGAUCUGGAUAUACUGGAAUAGACUGUGAUAUAACGAUCGACCCCUGUACCGCUAACGGUAACCCUUGUAAAAACGGUGCUUCAUGUACUGCAUUACAACAAGGCAGAUAUAAGUGCGAAUGCUUACCUGGAUGGGAAGGACAACUUUGUGAAAUAAAUACGGACGAUUGUAUCGAAAAACCUUGUCUUCUUGGAGCUCCUUGUACAGAUUUAGUAAAUGAUUUUAGCUGCACGUGUCCAGCUGGAUUCACUGGCAAACGUUGUCAUGAAAAGAUUGAUUUGUGCUCUAAUGAACCAUGCAAACACGGUAUUUGUGUAGAUAAACUUUUCGUGCAUCAAUGUAUUUGUGAUCCAGGUUGGACAGGACCGUCCUGCGAUAUAAAUAUCAAUGAGUGUGUAAUAUCACCUUGUGAAAAUGGUGGAAGGUGUAUCGAUGGCACUGACGACUUCACCUGUAUUUGCGAAGCCGGAUAUACUGGCAAACGUUGUCAACAUACCAUUGAUGAUUGUUCUUCAGAUCCUUGUCAAAACGGCGCGAGCUGCGUGGACCAGCUAGACGGAUUUAUAUGCAAAUGUCGCCCAGGAUUUAUAGGAUUACAAUGCGAAACUGAAAUUGAUGAAUGCUUAACUGAGCCAUGCAAUCCAGCAGGAACUGAAAAAUGUAUCGACCUUGACAACAAAUACAUGUGUCAGUGCAAGGAAGGUUUCACUGGAGAAAUGUGCGAGACAAAUAUUGAUGACUGCGCAUCUGAUCCUUGCUUCAAUGGAGGCUCAUGCAAAGAUCAAAUAGGAGAUUACAGAUGCGUGUGCCCAUCGGGAUGGACUGGAAAGCGAUGUGAAAAAGACAUUGGCAAUUGUGAAAACUUACCUUGUCAGAAUAAUGCUAAAUGUAUUGAUCUAUUCCAAGAUUUCUUCUGUGUAUGUCCAAGCGGAACAGAUGGUAAACAAUGUGAAACUGCACCAGAACGUUGCAUCGGAAGUCCUUGUAUGCACGGUGGUAAAUGUCAAGACUUCGGCUCAGGAUUAAACUGCACUUGCUCGAUGGACUACACAGGAAUUGGAUGUCAAUAUGAGUUCGACGCUUGUGAAGCUGGCUUAUGUCAAAAUGGUGCAACAUGUAUAGAUGAGGGCGAAGGCUAUUCCUGCAUGUGUACCCCAGGUUUUACAGGAAAGAACUGCGAUGAAGACAUAAUUGAUUGCAAAGAUAAUUCGUGCCCACCUUCAGCAACUUGUAUCGACUUACCUGGCAGAUUCUACUGUCAAUGUCCAUUCAACAUGACUGGAGAUGACUGUAGAAAAGCAAUUAGUGUAGAUUACGAUAUGUACUUUAGCGAUCCAUUACGUUCAAGUGCAGCACAAGUUGUACCAAUUGACACAGGCUCUGCUGACAGUUUAACGAUUGCAUUGUGGGUUCAAUACACGCAACAGGAUGAAGGCGGUGUGUUCUUCACCGCUUACGGAGUCAGCAACUCUCACAUCGCUUUGAACAGACGAACAAUAAUUCAAAUUCACUCAAGCGGGGUCCAAGUAUCUAUAUUCCCUGAAUUACAAGAUGUUUACUUAAGUUUCGGUGAAUUUGCCACGGUAAAUGAUGGACAAUGGCACCAUGUUGCUUUAGUUUGGGAUGGCAGUAACGGCGGAGAGUUAACUUUAAUUACUGAAGGAUUAAUUGCUAGCAAGUUUGAAGGCUACGGUAGCGGACGAACGUUACCACAAUAUAUUUGGGUGACAUUGGGUAAACCUCAAUCUGAAAAUCCAAAGGCAUAUACUGAAUCUGGAUUCCAAGGUCAUUUGACUAAAGUACAAGUUUGGAACAGAGCACUUGAUGUAACAAAUGAAAUACAAAAACAAGUCCGAGAUUGCCGAACAGAACCCGUCCUUUACAGUGGAUUGGUAUUGACAUGGGCUGGUUAUGAUGAUGUAUUUGGUGGAGUUGAAAGAAUUGUACCAUCUCAUUGUGGUCAAAGAGUGUGUCCAAAUGGUUACGGUGGCGCUAAAUGCCAACAAUUACAAGUUGACAAAGAACCUCCUAAAGUGGAACGUUGUCCAGGAGACUUAUGGGUAAUCGCUAAAAAUGGAUCAUCUUUAGUGAAAUGGGAUACACCUGCAUUCAGUGACAACAUUGGAGUUGUAAAAGUAUUAGAAAAAUCGGGACACAAACCGGGUCAGAAUCUGGCAUGGGGUGCAUACGACAUUGCUUACGUCGCUUACGAUGCCGCUGGAAAUGCAGCAACAUGCACCUUUAAAGUAACAGUUCUAUCUGAAUUCUGUCCUCCGUUACCUGAUCCUUUGGGCGGAUACCAAUCCUGUCGCGACUGGGGUGCAGGAGGCCAGUUCAAGGUGUGCGAGAUUGCUUGUCGUGACGGCCUCAGGUUCUCACAGCUAGUACCACCCUUCUACACUUGCGGUGCUGAAGGAUUCUGGCGCCCAACUAAUGACCCGACGCUGCCUCUCGUAUAUCCUGCUUGUUCACCUGCUACACCUGCUCAACGCGUUUUCAAAAUAUCCAUGUUGUUCCCAAGUUCGGUGCUCUGCAAUGACGCAGGUCAAGGAGUGCUUCGACAGAAAGUACGCAGUGCCAUCAACCAACUUAAUAGAGAUUGGAACUUCUGUUCGUAUGCAAUUGAUGGAACACGCGAGUGCAAAGAACUCGACAUUAACGUAAAGUGCGAUCACCGAGCGAAUAACCGACAAACAAGACAAGUAUCUACCUCGCCAACUGUAAAAUCUGAAGACACUUAUGUUUUGGAUGCUAUCAUACCAGUGGAAGAGACUAGAAGCAACAGGGAAGGACGUCAAGCCGGAGACACAUAUAGCGUCGAAAUCUCAUUCCCAGCCGUUAUCGACCCAGUUAUCCACAAUGGAAACAACGAAAGAUCAACUGUGAAACGACUAUUGGAGAAACUAAUUCUCGAAGACGAACAAUUCGACGUGCGAAGUAUACUACCGAACACGGUGCCCGACCCAGCGAGCUUGAAACUUGAAUCGGAUUAUGCCUGCCCGAUGGGACAGGUCGUAAUGGCACCUGAUUGCGUGUCAUGUGCUGUGGGCACCUUCUUGGACGCGGCAAGCGACACCUGCCAGCCGUGCCCAUCUGGUACAUAUCAAUCAGAAGCCGGCCAACUGCAAUGUACCCCUUGCCCUUCGAUCGCUGGCCAAUCGGGAGUCACUCAAUCUACUGGAGCAAGGAGUGCGGGAGAUUGUAAAGAACGAUGCGCUGCUGGUAAAUACUACGAUGCCGAUGCUGAAUUAUGCAGACCUUGUGGUCACGGAUCAUACCAACCGAAAGAAGGAGCAUUUUCGUGCAUCGCUUGUCCCAGAGGACAGACAACGCGAGCAACGGAGGCUGUAUCCGCAGCGGAAUGUAGAGACGAUUGUCCAUCAGGAGAGCAGCUAAGCAACGAUGGUGGUUGUGAGCCGUGCCCGCGUGGGACGUGGCGCGCGAAUGGCGCUGGGGCUGCGUGUGCCCCGUGUCCUUCCGGCACUACCACACCUCAAGUGGGCGCUGCUUCGCCUGACCAGUGCUCCUUACCAGUCUGCAAGCCUGGAUCAUACUUGAACGCAACCCUGAAUACCUGCAUACAAUGUAAAAAGGGUACAUACCAGUCAGAAACCCAGCAAAAUCAAUGUAUCCCGUGCCCAAUCAACACCAGUACUAAAGAAGCGGGAGCCACUUCAGAAUCGGACUGCACAAACCCCUGUGAUAUGAGCGGACCAGAAAUGCAUUGUGAUACAAACGCUUACUGUCUUCUCGUACAAGAUACCAAUGAAUUCAAGUGUCAGUGUAAACCAGGAUUCAACGGCACUGGCAAAGUGUGCACAGAUCUGUGUAUUGAUUUCUGCGACAACGGUGGUGAAUGUGUUAAGGACGCUCGUGGUGAACCUUCAUGUAGAUGUACCGGGUCCUUCACGGGAAGACAUUGUAGGGAGAAGAGCGAAUUCGCGUAUAUCGCCAGUGGUGUCGCUGGUGGUGUCAUCUUUAUUAUAUUCCUUGUGCUGCUCGUAUGGAUGAUCUGUGCCAGAUCUUCAAAGAAACGGGAACCAAAGAAAACGCUAACGCCAGCUAUCGACCAAAACGGUUCACAAGUGAACUUCUACUACGGAGCGCACACCCCGUACGCGGAGUCCAUCGCUCCUUCACACCACUCCACAUACGCUCAUUACUAUGACGACGAAGAAGAUGGCUGGGAAAUGCCUAACUUCUACAACGAAACAUACAUGAAGGAAAGCCUACACAAUGGGAUGAACGGAAAAAUGAACAGUCUAGCUAGAUCCAACGCUAGUAUAUACGGCACGAAGGAGGAUCUAUAUGACAGAUUAAAAAGGCACGCAUACCCUGGUAAGAAAGAUAAGAGUGACAGUGACAGUGAGGGUCAGUAAACAGCAAUGGACUGCGUUUUGUCGUAUUCUGGUCAAAUUUACAUAAUAAUAUAGUUUCGUGUCUCGGUGAAACUUAUUUUUUUUAAUGUAAACAUGAAAUGAUUCUCACAGAUGCUUAUCAUCUGUAAAUUCGCUUAUAAUGGUGCUUCUUUUUAAUCUCUAAUUUUUUCCCUUUGUCUCUUACUACAAAAUUUCGUACCUAUGUCAUGACAAUGUAAAUACUUCGUCAUCUAUGAGAAUUGUUGCGUGUAGCCGAGAUGUUAUGUAGAAUUUUGUACUCUGCUAGCUUUAUAAUUAGGUUUAGUUUAAAUAACAAUGUGUAUUAACACACUCACUGUUUUACCCCCACCAAAUGUUUAAUCCCUCAGUCACAAAUACGCAUAAUUUCGUCUUAUUUUCUUCCAAAACAGUGAAUGUGUUGAUGUUCGUACUAUAUCAACGAAUCGAAUGCUCAAGUAUUUUAGGCAAAUAAUGCCAUAUCAGACAAAACAGGGCGUUGUGACAUUCCAAUAAAGAUAACUUCGAUUUUGUUAUACAAUUUAUUAGUGUAAAUAUUAUUUUAUAAAAUAUUUGUAUAUUUAUAAACCUCAUUUUACUGUCUUAGAAUUAACUGAUGAAUUGAAGUUUUGUACAUCGAUAAUAUUUCCAAAUAAUAACGAGUAUGCUAUUGAGAAACGUUUAUUAUAUUUUUGUAUAAUAAUGUGGACUGUACUUAAUCUAUUAAUAAUUCAAUUUAGGUAUGCGAGUAUUUUGUAUAGAUGGGUUGUAUAGUUUUAGAAUUAUAUACAAAACAAUGUAUUUUAUUUUUACUGUAAUAUAUACAAUUUUAUCAUAAUUUUAAUAAUAAAUAAUCAAGUGAUUAUAUUAUGUAGCCCAAUUAUUAAGUUUAGUUUAUUCUCACAAGGGUUUAACCGGUCUACACUGAUGCUUUUUACAAAUAACUUCAUAACAAUAGUUUCAAUUUUUAUAAAGGUAAAAUUUGUAUUUAAAUAUAAGCACCCGCCUUCGUGAGAUAGCUCGGCUACUCAAAUUUAGAUUUAAAUAAUUAUUAUUUCAAUCAAUUUCUAAUUUUUAUACAGAAUAAUAAUAAAUACUCAUCAUGUUUUAGUGGUCUGUAUUCCAUCACAAUAAUUACCACAUUCGAUAUUAACAGUAAAUAAUUUUACAAAGAAUAAAUUAAAUAUGUAUUUAA